AUGGCGGCGCCGCGGGUUCCGCCGCGGAUUCCGAAUAUCCUCGACAUUAUCGAAAAAUACUCAACUAUUUCGGACCAGAGUGCAGUCACCAGAGCACUCAACAUCGCUGAGAUAUGCGACCGCAUUGUCAGCUGCGUGGCGAACAGCCUGAGGCCUCCUCCGCUAGCCGAUGGCUCAUAUCCCGACGGCAACACGCGGGACGCGUCCAAUCUUGAAACAGGUCCUGUCGCCAGACGCCGCAUCCAGCUCGCAAACACCCGCGACGCCGUGAAUCUCUCAUUGGUCUGCAAGGAAUUUCGCGAGCGCGUCUUGUACGACAWCGCGCCAUACUACCACGUGCGCCUCACCAUGGGUGUCUCGCCUUCGCGAACUCCAGUAGGUACCUGGAAGUGGCUGGUCUACCGAUGUGAUGCCCUCACCAAGUACAACGGUUGGGUGGACAUGUCGGCACAAAAGCUUUCAAGUGAUCUUCUCGACAUCAUUGUCAAGGAUCAGUCCAUCCCGGUCAAGCGGGAGAAAGCCCUCACUCUGUUGGGGCCCGCCAACUCUGCAUUUGGAGCUCUCGUGUUGAGUCAGGCAGCAAGCUUGAAAGCGGAUACUGGCAGAAUCUCUGCUUCCGCGCGCGAAUUGUUUGACAGAAUGUCUACAAUCACCUACCUGCCUCUCAUUCUUCUCGAUUGUAUUACAAAGUUCACCUUGGAUGUUGAACCAUAUGAGCUUCUCGCCCGUGGAGCAUCGCUGGAUGUACUCGACACCCCCUUCCAAGUCAGGGACGACCAGCCUGAGAUGACGUUUCUUCAGCUCUUCCGCGAGGUUCUCAAUCGACUGUGCACCCAUUCGCUUCGCGAGCUCGUCGUUACUGGAUUCAACCGGGAUGUUGUGGAGAUGCUACUUCCACUCCCAUCUACAACCUAUGCAAACGCCCAGUUCCGGGCGCUCAUACUCCCAGUCACGUCGCUUACCAUCUCGGACACUCUCGGCGAAACCAUUCGAGGGUUCGGCGGCAUCGCCACGCUGACGAUCACCCGGAAAGACCCAAGAGGGCCCAAUUGCUUCUGGCUCCGCGACCAGCAAAACAUGAGGAAGGAUACGGUCACCAGCUUCACGCACACCUGCUCGAACUGGGACGAAUCUCUCAUGAUUGACGUAACGAGGGUUUUCCCAAACCUGAAGCAUCUUCGUGCGAAAGGGAAGACUUCUAAAUUUGACAGACCAGGUAAUAUCGAGUGGCUCCGCCUUCUCGAUCCACUUUCUGGUCAUCAGGGAAUCAGCCAAGGCCUCGUGACGCUGGAGGUUCCGCGGUCAGCCGAACAUGUCAUGGGCGUCGCUCUGGACUCGGUGGAUGGUAAAUGCACGGAGAAGCUCGCCAGAUGGGCUGCGUCCCACUUCCUCGACAGAUUUUCAUUUCCUGCAAUCGAAACCUUCUGGUACCUCGGUCGCAAGAUGACAUUCGAUCCAGUUACGGGAGAUAUGGUGGGUGAUUUCAAUGGCGUCGAGCGUAGCUUGUCUUCUCCACGAUGGGAGUAUGAGGAAGUCCUUUCUCUUUGGACUGCCAUGAACGCUUGCUCCCCGGACCCAGACCCAACCAUCACCGGUGUGUGGGGCCCAUAUGACUGA